CCAAUUUUCUGCCAGAAGACGGAAAGUCGUCGAAUUUAAACUCCAAUGAUUUUAACAAGGGUUUUAUUUUCGCUCCCGUUUUUAUUUUAAUUUAAAAUCUUGGCAACAAUCAAAUUCUUCUGACGUCAGGCUGCGUAAAAGUUUAUCAUUUUGAACGCUUCCGUACGAAACAGCUAUCGAAAAUGAUCAAAUUGAAGCGAAUGCUGUUUAGGCAGCUUUUUGACCCAACGAGUUGCACAUACACUUACCUACUUGCAGAUGCCAAUUGUUCUCGUGCCAUAAUUAUUGAUCCAGUUUUAGAUCAGUUGAAAAGAGAUGUCAAGCUGGUCAAAGAAUUAAAACUAAACCUUCUAUUUGCAGCUAAUACCCAUGUGCAUGCUGACCAUAUCACUGGAACUGGAGAGAUCAAAAAGCACAUUCCAGGAUGUCUUAGUGUGAUAUCACGUGCUUCCGGUGCCAAAGCCGAUAAACUCCUGGAUGCCAUGGAUGUGCUGGAAAUUGGAGACAUCAAACUUGAAGUGAGGCCUACGCCUGGCCAUACUGAUGGUUGUGUAACCUAUGUGUUCCAUGAAGCUAAGAUGGCAUUUACAGGGGAUGCAUUGCUUUAUCGAGGAUGUGGCAGGACGGAUUUUCAGCAAGGUGAUUCAGCUAGAUUGUAUGAGUCAGUGCACAAUCAAAUAUUUACAUUGCCAGAAGAUUACCUACUGUACCCUGCUCAUGAUUAUAAAGGUCAUACUGUUACUACAGUAUGGGAGGAGAAGUUGUACAAUAGUCGUCUUACAAAAUCCAAGGAAGAAUUCAUCGAAAUCAUGAAAAAUUUAAACCUUGCAUAUCCCAAGAUGAUAGAUAAAGCUGUGCCAGCCAAUAUGGUUUGUGGCUAUAUUGAUGAAAUCAAUAUUUAAAGGAUAUAUUUUACCUUCACUUUACUAGAGAUUACACAUGAACCUCUAGGAAAUUUCGAUAGCAACUAUGCAUUUAUUUGUUCAUAGAAAUACAAAGACUUGUUUUUUAAUAAAGAUGUAUAUCACUGUUAUUUGUUCUCUAGAACAAAAUUUAUCUGUUGAAGCAAUAAAGUUUUAUA